ACUCUACGCAUGCUCUCUUGGCUGUCUUGUUCGUCGCAUAGAAAGGGGACGAGCUAUGCCGCUGUAGGGAAGUGUGCCACACUAGAGAUCUUUCCUGAAGAGAAGCAGAAUGGAAGCCGUGGAUAUCGGGGAUGUCCUCGGAGGUUUCGGCACCUACCAUGCCCUCAUGAUACUUCUUGUUGUCUUCCGUGCCUUCCCGACUGCUUGGACGAAUAUGAUGACGCCUAUCAUAGCGCCCGACAUGGACCACUGGUGUGCACGCCCUGAGGGGGUACCCGAGUAUGUGGCGAACAUGAGCAGCGACGAGUGGAAGUCGUGGGCAGUGCCCAGGUAUGACCAAGGCUUCGCUCGGUGCCGCAUGUAUCGCGUGUACCAGGUCGCCAAUGGUUCAUGGGAGGUGGACACUAACCAGACACUCCCCUGCGACAGAUGGGAGUACGACACCUCUAUCUAUGAAAGCACCAUCGUCAAUGAGUGGGACCUGGUCUGCGGCCGCGGUUACCACCGAUCGGUCACGCAGAGUGUGGUCAUGGCGGGCGGCCUCGUCGGCGUGCUGCUCUUCGGCGAGAUGUCUGACCGCCUGGGCCGCCGGCCGACACUUUUCUCCUGUGUACUGAUCAUCACAACGUUCGGGUCGCUGUCAUCGCUCGCGCCGGCCAUCAGCUGGUACAACGCAGGCCGGUUCAUCGUCUCCAUGGGCGUCGCAGGGUGCCAGGCCACUACCGUUUCCCUUCUGAUGGAGAUAAUGCCACCACAGUACCGGAUGAUGAUGAACGUGGGUUUCGGCAUUGGCUACACGAUUCCUCUGCUGCUCUUGCCACUGUUGGCGUACAACAUCCACUACUGGGUUACCUGCAGCUGA